AUGACGCCAAAUCCAAAUGAGGGGAAAGCUACGGCACACAUAGGAGUCCGUUAUGGAGAAAAUCUUCGCAUUACUGUAGCAGCCAACCAGGGUGGUCGCAAGUAUAUGGAAGAUCGUGUUCAUAUAGAAACCAUCAGAGAUGAUGAUGGUUCUAUCAGGUUCACAUUCUUUGGGAUCUUCGAUGGACACGGUGGGCAUGAAGCCAGUGAAUACGUUAGGAGAAAUUUGCUCAACAAUAUAGUGAAAAAUGAAUUGUUCGAUUCCGACGAUGAUGAUGAUAUAUUGGAAGCUAUAAGGUUAGGCUUUCUAACUACGCAUCAUGGCAUCUGGAAAGUAGUGUCGGAAUGGCCUCGUACAGCUUCUGGGUAUCCGAGUACAGCGGGCACCACAGUGAGUAUCGCUAUACUUAGAAAUGGCAAGCUCUAUACCGGCCAUGUCGGUGACUCUGCCAUCAUUUUAUUGAGGAGAGCGUAUCGUAAGGACAAUUCAGAAGAUCUGGUUCCUCAUAGACUAACCGUCGACCAUAAACCGGAAAGUGAAGACGAACAAGCUAGGAUUCGAGUCGCUGGCGGAUCGGUAGCGCUGAAAAGUGGAGUUGCUCGUGUGGUUUGGACGAGGCCAUUGAAACAUCAUAUUGGCCCAGUUAGGCGAAGCACACCUACUGAAAGUAUUCCAUUCCUUGCUGUUGCCCGAAGUCUAGGAGAUGUGUGGUCAUACUGCGAGGAUACCAAGGAGUUUGUAGUUUCUCCCGAACCUGAUCUAGCUGUUCAGGAACUGACUGGAGAUGACGUCUGUUUGGUUCUUGCUUCGGAUGGUUUAACCAAUGUACUUGGCCCAAUCCAGGUAGCUGCAGUUGUAGAUGAAGAGGAAUCUGUCACACAAAUAGGAGUUGAUCGGUGUGAAGAUAUGGUGUAUCGGAGCAAGCAUACAAAUCUUGCCAGAGUGCUUGUAGCGAACGCCUUUCGUAAUUGGCGCCAUCUGAGAGCGGAUAAUGUUACAGCUAUAGCGGUUAUGCUUGAUUCGCCUUAUGCAGACUUACCGGUGGAUCAUGCUUGUGUGGAAGAAUACAUAGGAAUUAAUGAGUCAAUUGAUAAGCUGUUCAUAGACGAUCCGGAAUGCAUGGUUCGGAUCUCACCAACAUCCACACUAAAGCUGUUGACGUAUCGCACUCCCAUUCUUUAUAGAGGAGCCAGGGAUCCAAACUUUUCGAUCGUGGAUUACCAUGGUCCCGGAUUCAUUACUCAUACCGAAGAGCGUCUUAUUGAAGAGCAUUAUCGCUCAACUUAUAUGGACGCUGAGCAUGCCGCUGGGCUUGCCAAUUCGAUGGGAUUUGGAUGUGGAACUUUGAACCCACCCUUAGGUGCCACAUUAGUAUAUCCUGACGUUUCGGAUAGCGCUUUGGACAGUGCCAACUGCGAUGUACCUGAUGACGUCAUCAAGAUCGUAAGGACGGCUACUCCUGAGAUUGUUGAAAGCCAUGAAGAGUCAGUGAUAAUCUGUACUGAAGUGAGUCGCUUGCUUGGUUACAAUAAUCGCGAGCUUGUGUUUUUAUCCAAAUUUUCGACUUUUUUCCUGAAGGUGAAGACACCUUCAAAGCAGCUCCUUUCUGAUGAGGAUGGAACAGACGAAGAAGAAGAGGUAGUAGUGUCCCCAGCGGUGAGCGGAACAAACAAGCGUCCAGCCAAAUCUUCGAAUCAGAAGGAGGAGCGGGUUCCUCUUCCUGAGCGACGCUUGACUAGAUCGGCGUCACGAGUUCCUGCAGAGGGCCGUGCAACACCACGAUCGGCUAACAUUGCUAUGCGAAGGUCAUCAGCAGUAGUCACCAGACGAGGCCCAUGUCGAUCCUCAUGUGUUAACGUUGAAGAUAAGGUCAUGACUCCAUCGGGCUCCGUAGACAUUAAAAUACACGUUGAUGGAUCUCUUACGCCAACUUUUGGUAUGAUUACGAGGUCACGUGAUCGCAGCGCUACUACAUUGGUGGUCGACGUGCGCACACCCCCUCAACGAUCGGCCGAGAAACGCACUUCUCAGUAUCGCUCUCUUAACGACGGCUCUGCCCGCAUUCCGUCGACUCCAUUGAGUGGAAGUCGUAAGAGACCUCAUCGUGAAAUUGAAAGAGGCGCCAGUGGUAUUACACCAGUUGUGCAUCGACUCAGCCUGGACACACCUUGUCGGUCAACGAGCGAUAUCAAUGAGCCAUGUUCCAUGACAUUUCCUAGAGUUCGAAGUGCGCCAACUACACCAUCCAAGCUGACCAGUGGUGUAAGUCGAAUGGGGAGCAAAUGGUCAUUGUCGAAGCUGGACACAAAAGCAUCGCUGAGAGAUAACGCUGUGGCUAGCUUAGAAUUAGGAGAGCCGCCAUCGAAGAUGCGACGAAUUUACGGAUUCAUGCGCCGUUUAGUUGGCUUUGGCCUCGGGAAUGGGCAAGGUGCUUUUAGCAGGUGGUCGCUUCCGCGGAUGUCACAGGCGUCUAGCGUCGACUCAGAGCCGGUGGACGAGUCUUUUGUCCAUUCUGGAGGUCCUCCUUCUAAAAUCGCUGCCUCUGGAUGUGUGACACGAUUUGACACGGUGGACCUUCAUUAUGCCUGGGUUAUCGAAGAUUUUAGUGCUCAAAUGGACCUCCACUCCAUCGGAGAGCAUCUGACGAGCAAGAAUUUUGGCGACAAUGAUCAUGAAUUCGUCCUGAAGCUGUUUCCUGCUGGAAAGGACGAGGAUUGCACAGGAUACAUCUCUUUAUACCUGCAAAUUAUACGAUGUCCGAAUCCCAAGAUACAGUUGCGGAUUCGAUUCAGCGUUGAAACACCUGAAGGACCGAGAGAAUGCUCCCUCAAUAAGAGCGUGCUUUCGAUCAAUCGUGGUGGAAUAAUCACUGCCAGUAAAUUCUUUCAUUCGGACAUUGUCAAGAAUAGAUUUCUCCGUCGUGGCUUGAGAGAUGCUCUCACUGUGAGCGCAGAUAUUACGGUUUUUCUGGAUUCUAAGACAACCGCGGAGGUGCCGUUUCGAGACUUCGAUGAGGAAGAAUUAAUGAUGGCGAAUUGCUACGAUCUUCCAGUCUCCGAUUGUAGUGCUACGGGUUCUAGCUCUGAGGUGUUACGUGAAAUGCUGAAUACUGGACGUUUUGCCGACUUCAUAAUUGACGUCGACGGACGCCAGUUUCAUCUGCAUCGAUGUGUAUUGGCAGCCACCUCUCAGUAUUUUAGCGCUAUGCUCAAAGAUCAAACGCUGGAAACAUCUAAUGGACGAGUAGAUUUGAAGGAUAUUAGCGGUGAUGUGUUCGCAAUCAUCGUUGACUUCAUUUACGAGGUUAAAAAGCCGCAAAGUGAUGAGAUCACAAUGGAACUAAUCAAAGCGGUAGACAUGCUAAUGAUGGAUGGACUAAAAUCCCACUGUUGUGCAGUUCUGAUGCGAGAUAUAACUGUAGAAAAUUUUGCCAUUCGGCUUCAGAUUGCUGACUUUCUAAAUGAUGAUCGGCUUUUUAAGCGUCUUGUAGCUUUCCUUGCGACCAACCGCAAAGACGUUUUUGCUCAUGAGGACUGGAUUGAAUUGCGAAAUAUUCACCCAAAGAUGGUGUGUCGGGUGAUGGAAGCCGCAUGGACAUAUGCCGAAAGCCAGUUCCCUUACCUGAAAUUUGUCAAGAGACGUCGCUUCUGUCUCUAA